UGGGCAUGUGCAUUGCUGGCUUUAAGCCGUCUAUUUGUUGGUUUUCCUUUAUAGGGGACUUUUGUGUCUGCUCAGAAAAACCAAACUCAGUUUUUUCUCAAUUCCUUCGAUUGCACUGAUCGACACAAGUCUCCUUCUCAAAUUUUCUUCUUCCUUCUUCUCUAGACUACCCACCAAGGAAGAAAACAUAACCGAGAAGUUAAAGAGUUCAAAACACGAGAAAAUUCAACGACCCAAGUGAACUUAGCCCUUCUUUUUCAUCAAUAUACACUUUCGAUUGGAUGGAUCUGUAGAUCUAAUCCUUCUAUACUAUACCUACAUGUAUUUAUCUGUUUCCUUUAGAUCUCCAUCCUUUUCAUCUGCUGUAAUUCAGUAGCUGACCAGAGACUGCGCAGAUAAGCUUACUUUAUAUUGGGGAAGACUGGUGGGGUUUGUUGGAAGGAGUGUUAUUGCAUCCAAUUUUGGAUGUGGAGGAAUUGGAGGCUGGCCUUGGUGAGAUGAGGGAUGUUAUCAAGUUUGAUGAACUUUUUGAGGGCCUGCUGGCAGCCGUCCUCAGAACGUUAUGCCCACACGGGUUCGGAUGCAGCAGGCCGGCAAGAUGGGCUCCUUUGGUACAAAGACACUGGCCAGCACUUGAGUGGUGAAUUCUCUAUGGCUGUUGUGCAGGCUAAUAAUUUACUUGAGGAUCAGAGCCAGCUUGAGUCUGGUCCCUUGAGCUCUCUUGAGUCUGGCCCAUAUGGCACCUUUGUUGGAAUAUAUGAUGGUCAUGGAGGCCCAGAGACAUCGCGUUACAUUAAUGAUCAUCUGUUUCAGUAUCUAAAGAGGUUCACCUCAGAACAUCAAUCUAUGUCUGUAGAUGUGAUUAGAAAAGCAUAUCAAGCGACAGAAGAGGGAUUUCUUUCUCUUGUCACUAAACAAUGGCCUAUGAAGCCUCAGAUUGCGGCAGUUGGAUCUUGUUGCCUGGUGGGUGUCAUUUGUGGGGGUACCCUCUACAUUGCUAACCUUGGUGAUUCACGUGCUGUCCUUGGUAAGCUUGUCAAAGCAACUGGGGAGGUUCUUGCCAUCCAGCUGUCAUCAGAGCAUAAUGUGGCCAUAGAGUCUGUAAGACAGGAGAUGCAUUCUAUGCACCCAGAUGAUUCACAGAUAGUGGUUUUGAAACAUAAUGUAUGGCGAGUGAAGGGCCUGAUACAGGUUUCUAGAUCCAUUGGUGAUGUAUAUCUAAAGAAGGCUGAAUUUAACCGCGAGCCCUUGUAUGCGAAGUUCCGCCUUCGUGAACCUUUUAAGAGGCCAAUUUUAAGCUCUGAACCAUCAAUUUCUGUGCAUGAACUGCAAUCUCAUGAUCAAUUUCUCAUAUUUGCGUCUGAUGGGCUUUGGGAACACCUCAGCAAUCAAGAUGCUGUUGAUAUAGUUCAAAAUCACCCACGUAAUGGAAUUGCUAGGAGGCUUGUGAAGGCUGCCCUGCAGGAAGCUGCCAAAAAGAGAGAAAUGAGAUACUCAGAUUUGAAGAAAAUAGACCGCGGUGUCCGCCGCCAUUUCCAUGAUGACAUCACCGUCAUAGUAGUGUUUCUCGAUGCAAAUCUUGUGAGCAGAGCCAGCUCAGUCAAAGGGCCUUCAAUAUCUGUGAGAGGUGGUGGAGUUAACCUACCUGCAAAAACCCUAGCUCCCUGUGGCACGCCAAUAGAAACUCAGUAGAGCAUGUAUCCACUUGAUAAUGUUUGCCUAUGUGCAGGAUCGUCCUUAGAAUUUCUUUGGUACUAGUUGCCACUAAGAGUGAAAGAGCAAGAGAGGAGAAGGUGUUGCCCUCUGAUUAAUUUUUUCAAAUUUUAACUUGAGUCAUGUAUUUUAUUUAGUUCUUGAGCACAUGAGCUGAAGGGAAAAGAAAGAAAUACGGGAAAAAGAGAGCUACAAUGCAAGGAAGACUCUAAAAGGUUCUUUUUCUUUAGGAAAAAUUUCUUAGACGCAUUCAUUUACUCUCUUUUCCCACCCUCUCUUGGAGUUUCUGCUUGUUGUAAAUUAUGUGAAACAGAUGCCGCUUAGAAUGAAAGUUUAUGUACCUGUUGUGCUUCCA